AUGUCCAUUAAUCAAGUGGAAGCUGAGCGAAGGAAGUAUCAAAGACGUGUGUUGGAGGAACAACUGAGAUUGCUAGAUGAGGAAGAGAGCAGAAAUCAAAACUCAAUACCAAUACCAAAUCAUCAUUUACCUGUUACGAACACAGGUUCAUAUCCACCUCAAUGGGCUGCAACGAUCUCAAACCAACCUUCAACUUCAAAUUCUGCGAGACACACUGCCCUGAGCUCGUCAAUACAAAAUGUAGGAUCGAGUUCAUCAACAUGGUCCACAAAUCAACGUCAAUAUCAACAGCAACAUCAACAUGCCUUUCCACACCAUCAACAACACCUUCAACAACAACAACAACAACCACAAACCUCCUCUGCAGCUCAAUCCUAUACUCAUCGCUCGAAUACGAUACCAUCUCGUGCUGCUCAGCACCAACCGCAAUCGCAGCCUCAACAACGUGCACAACUCCACUCACAACAGCAGAAUCAGCACCGUAGCGCAUCGACUUCUUCAUCAAAGUCGCGACCUCAAUCUUUUCGAGAUCUGGAUCGAUCAUCAGCUGGUCCGUCAUCCUCCAUCUCACCACAAAUCCCAUCUGCUUUACCCACCCCCCAAUCUUCAAAUUUCUCUUCUUCCCAACCAGUUCCUCUACCUUCCGAACAUCAAUUACAUGAUUGGCUUAGAGAUUGUGUGGGUCAAGUGAAUGGGUUAGAUACAGAUUGGAGAAUACAUGGAAAGAAAGUCGAUAUGUAUAAGUUACUAGCUGCUGUGAUCAGAGCUGGUGGAAGUACAGAGGUUUCUUCAAGAGGAUGGUGGUAUAUGUUGGCGAAACUCCUCAAUCUCGCUGAUGAUGCUACUGCCCAAUCUAUCAAACCGUCAAUAGCUAAACAACUUCAAGAGUUGUUUUUGCAGAUGCUAGGUGGUCUAGAGAUAUUAUGGGACAAGACAAAAGGAACUGAGGAGAGAGAAACACUUUCGAAUAAUUGGACUAAAAGCUCAUCAAGCUUACCUACUCCUGUGACAGCUACAAUGAACUCUGGACCUUAUUCAUCCUCCCAUUCCGCCUCGUCAAGCAGUAAUAGGCAAGAUGUUUCGUCUACACAUAGACCGAGUCACGUAAAUCCAGCUCAUCUGUCGACGAAACAGCCUACUUCAAAUAGGGCUUCAUCAGCUAAUAACAAUCAAUCGAAUACGAUCGCCGCUCCAGUAAUUGAUAAAGAUUCGAGACAGCAGUCAUCUUCUGAGAUUCGUCCACACCAAACAAUCUUCUCCUCUGAUUACAGCGGAUAUAGUAAUCAAGGUCAUCUCAAUGUUCACGCGAAUGCCGACAAUCAUGCUCAGCCGUCGAAUCAGAUACAAGGCUGUCCGACUUCAGCGGCAUCAAGUCAAUCUCGACCUUCUCCAAUUGUUCAUUCGCAGCUAGCUUUGCAUCAUCCAACCCCAUCCCAUCCACCUCACCGAUUGCCUGAUCUGUUAAAUCCCAACGUGGACAGAACGAAAGGAUCUAGACACGAUCCUUCACCCAUACAGCCACAGCCAUCAGCAAAAUCCUUGUCGUCUUCCCAACUACAACCAUCGUUGGUCCCAGUAUCUACUACACCAGAUCUUCAAUCUUCACGGCCUAUACCUUUGAGAAUCCUGGGACGAUCACUAGGCGAAUACAAAGUACCUGUACUGUCCACAUUCACAGAGUUGGUGACAUCGAAUCAGCUUCCUCUACCUCAGUUCAACGGAGAUCCACAGUUGGUUAAAGGAUUUUGGAGUUCGGAUCCGGUCAUCAUGUAUAGUAAGAGAUGUCAUGAGCUUGGUCGAUCAGUAACAAAAAUACAAUCCGGACACUCAUCAAGGCAGAUAUCAGCGGAAGAAUUGGUAUUUUGGGCUAGACUAUUGGCGAUCAUGAGACGCAAUCCGACGGUUAUACCACCCACAGUUGAAGAUCGACCUCCUUCAAUACCUCCUCCGCAAACGACUAUCGCUCCUUCAUCAAUCAUCACGACCGGCGCUCCAGGCAGUUUCACUAAUCCUCAACCACUGAUUCCUCCGCCUAUUAGGGAGAGGUCAACAGCAACAAGUCAGGGCGUGUUCGACAACUCGGUACAGAGCGCCUCCAUACGAGAAAAUUCGUCCACUGGUCUCUCCAAGGCGACGAAGAAGUACAAGAAGAAGGCCGAGGCGGAAGGUUCAGGUGUUUCAUUUGCACCUAAGAAACGCGGAAGGCCAUUAGGAAAACCGAACAAACCCAAACCUAAACCUGUCGGCAUACCCUCGAAUGCUCUUGCUCCAAACGCUCUAGAAGUUAUCUCGACACCGCAGGAACCUACUCAAUUCCAGCCUCACUCGUUCCAGCCUAAUGAUGGACCGGCUGUAAUACCUGACUGGUCUCGAUCCCUGCCAGCGGGUAGUCAAGGACCAGCUUCUACAGAGCCUUUCUCUCGGGCUUUCAAUUCCAUUGAGGAUCAGCCACAUUCAUCCACGCAACUUUCUCCAGCACAAGUUGACCAAGCUUCUGCUGUUGUUGAAUCACACAGUGGUAAACGAGGUACAUUCGCCAAACGAGGCCGUCCGAUAGGAUCUAAGGCGAAACCCCGUAAGACCGUUGCCGACCAUACGGAUAACAGCUUGAACAUUGGUCUAGACGGACAUAUCCUCGUUCCUGACUCUCAACCCGAAAACGGGCCUUCCUACUCUCAACUUGAAAGUCUAGCUCGAUUAGCUCAACCGUCUGCUGAUUUUGAGAACAUCUUCCAAACCCAACACGAAGACUUUUCUACUUUGCACAACAAUGCUGUCGAUGCUGGUCCAUCUUUUUCUGCUCCGCCAACAUUGUCAAACAUAUUAUCAACUCCGCUUCGUCUAGAAAACAUUCCGAAUGAAACCUCUGGAUCGCAGCCUACCGCAACCGGCUCGGGAAAAAGAGUGAAGACGGAGGCUGAGAAAGCGAAACUUGCAGAAGCUGCUAAAUAUCGAAGACUAAAAAUCAAAGAGGCUCAAGGUAUCUUAACACCUGCACCAAAAAGGAAAAGUCUGCUCAAAUCAGGACCACGUAUACCUCUUAUCCCAGACUUAUCGCCAAGAAAAAGAAUCGAUCUAUCUACUCCUGACAAGGCGAGUUCUGCCCAGCUACGUUCUCAAGAUAAUCCAGCAACUAGAAUCUUUUCCAAACGUGAAUCUGGAUUAUCGCAGGACGUAAAAGCUUCAACACCCAAUAGCAAGGGUAAAAUAAAGAAACGAAAGAUAAACCAUCCCCAACCUGAAGGGGCCACUGCAUCUGAAUCUUCCAAUCAUGUCUCUCAGCCUGGGCCGGCGACACUGAACGAUGUGACCCCACUAUCACAGGUCGAUAUUGGAAUUGAUCCUCUUAUGAUGGCUCAGGAUGAAUUUGAGCCUUCACCCGCUGAAGUGCAGGAGCUCGCUCGAGCAAUCGCGGAAAAUAUCGUUCCGCUGGAUGUCUCCGAUAUUCCGAUUACACAAGAUGGAGCAAAUGAGAUGGAAGUUCGAAACCAGGCUGAUGCAGUACGCGAGCUUCAAGAUGGAGUCGCGCAGCUUGCUGCGGCUGAAUCAAGUAAAGCGCGGAGACCUAAUAAGAGGAAGAGGGCUUCUGCGAAGGGAAAGAAACCAUCAGCUGCAGUCGGACAAACCGGAGAUGUAAACCUUGUUCAGAAGAUAAUUGGAGAAGGGGUUUCCCCUUCAGUAUCAGUGGCAGGCCCCACAGCAACAUCAAGCAUUCUCACACCCAGAAGAAAGGGAACCCUAAUUGUCGAAUUGCCAUCGUCGAAGAAAGUGAAAGUUCAAUUUGAACCGAUUGAAGUCAGAGAUGAAUCUUCACCUGAAUAUGUACCUUCGCCAGAACCAGAGGAAGACAUUGAAUCUGAAUUUGAACCUGGAUUGGUCGAGACUGAAAAUCAAGCAGAACCUGACUUUGACAUUCUAAUUGCGAAACCGAAGCAGACAAGGAAGAGGAAAAAUGCUAUCAGAUUACCAGUGGAUAGAGCGAAGGUUGUUAUACCUAUCAGCAAGAAGAGAAGAGCACAACUGGUUGCAAAAGGCUAUUACGAUGCUUUCAGGGACGAUGAUUCGGAAGAUGAAACGUUACUUCAACGGAGAGCUCACGUCGCUUUACGACCUGUGAAGCUGACCGCCCAAAGAGGAUCUAGAUCAAUCAGGCCGUCUUCACCUGAACCUAUACCUUUAAGAUUCCUCCUUCGACCGGGUCCGGCAUUAUUGGAACCGUUCGAGUCCAUCUUGACUGAGGAAAGCCUGAUCAAUAGGAUCAUGGAAAAUCCUUGUCAUUGGAAAGGAUGUGACGCGAUUUUAGGUUCUGAAGAAUUACUUAGAAAACAUAUCCAAAUUAGAGGUCAUGUUCAACAAGGAAAAGAAGAAGUUGCCACAACUCAUUUUAGUUGGAAUACUAGGAAAACGGUAGAAAGGCAGAUUGUUGAAGGAAGAUGGUUUUACAGGUGCCAUUGGAAAGGAUGCGAAGAACCUGUUUUCAAAUCCGAAGCCGAUCUGACGCAACAUCUGACAGCGAGACAUGUCUCAAAAUACUUGAGAUGUCCUUAUGAGGAAUGCGGACUGUCAUCGUUGAACAUUUCUCAUCUAUCUCGGCAUGUAAUGAAAACACAUGAUCUACCCACGGAUCAACCUGUCCCUUUGGCUUUUCUCGACUCCCGUCUUCCUUUGCCAAAACCUCAAAAAACCUUACCGGAGACUGCAAGAACUGAUGAGCUCACGCCUCCAGUCCUCGGAACAACAUACAAGUCGACAUAUAACGCUUUGAGGAUCAAAGAUAGAGUCGCCGCUCAAUGUUUCGCAGGACCAGAUCCUGUCAUCCACGUACAACAUCCCCCCCAUAUGUUACAAACUAUCGAUGAGACUUCUCUUGAUGAUAACGAUGAUGAUAAUCUAUUGCUACCAGGAAGAAACGGAAAAAAGAGGAGAUUGCACCUCGUGGUGGAAAUCCCAGCUGGAAGGAGAAGGAAAUUAACUGAAGAAGAGAGAAGACAAAGAAUCUUGAGGAUGCUAGAUGAAGCUGAACCUUCAGUUUCGGGCUUAAACGAACAAGAGGAUAUUCUAGCUCUUCACGAGGGUCAAGCUGAAGGUCAAGACGAGACUAGAUUUCCGGAUAACGAAAUGAGCCCUAUCGAUGAAGAUCAACAUUCUAUUACGUCACAAAGUAAUGUCUUCCUCUCAUCUUCCUUCCAGUAUGAUUCAGCUCCUACGCCGUGGCUGGAAACAGAUGCUAUGAUGAUCGAAGAUGAAUUAGUACUUGGUGCACCUACUCCUGCGCCGUUCAAUAUGUUCUGGGAUAACAAUCAAGAUGAGAGUGAUUACGAUGGUGAUGGCGAAGAGAACCGGCCGAUUGCUGGACCAUCAGGAUCACAAUAUGAUAACGAAGAAAAUAUGCUACCUCUCUUUGGAAUGCUGAACGGUGACGAAGAUGAGCUGGAAGAGGAGGAAGCGAAUGCUGAAUUGGGUGAGGAAAACGACGAAGAGGUUGAUGAAUUUUUCCUUCCUCAGCAAGAUAAUAUCAUAGCCCAAGAUGAUAAUGCGAAAGAGCUGGCAGCGGAUGCUGCAGCGCAAGACCCGCUCAUCCUGCAACCCGAAGCAUCGGAACAAUCAACUCAAAUCGCAGAACAAGGUGCGCGUGCUGCUCAGGUGAAAACCACCAGUAAGGAGGCAAAUGAUACCAUACCAAUCUACGAUGAGGCCAAUCCGAUCCAAGAGGCACAAAUCACGGUGGGAGGUACGAUGGAAUCAACACCACCUGAGAAUGUUGAAGAGACAGUCUCAGUCGUUGCACCUUUAUCAUACACGCAAGUCGAAGAACCCUUGGGUGUUUCUACUGCAGAUAUCACAGAUAAUCAUGAUGUCUCAACCAAUCAGGAUACCCCAGCAUCUUCAUCCUCAAGUGGUCGUACGCCACCUGUUCGAAGAAAUACUCAUGAGAUCCCUCUCCCUUUUCCCGUACCUUCUCCGACUCCAUUGCGGUUCUCUUUCGCCUCACAAUUUGUCUCAACGGAGAAUAUCGGUACCAAUAGCACGACAACGACGACUGCGACGACAAUGACCGAAAUAACCGAAAAGUACACAUCGUUGGAACAGGCUAUAUCUUCGAGUCGCGUUCCUACUUCACCACGAUACGAAACUACACAAAUAGGACAAGAAGAGGAUGUGGAAGAAAACGAAGAUGAGAAUAUAGUCAAUUUGAAUGAAGUUCAAGUGGAAAUCUUAUAA